GCAGACUUUGACCUAAACUCAAAUAUGGAUGACAGAGCUAUGCCUCCCAAUCAGAGAACAGCUGUUCUGACUGAUCAGUGGGAUUCUCUGCAGACAGACACGGAGCGCUUGGCCCAGGAGAGAGUCUGCAAACAGCAGCUACGAAUACAUACUGGUGAAUACAUACUGCGUGGUGGAAAGAUGAAUGACAGUUUACAGAGAGGAAAUUGUGAGGUUGCAGAUGCAAACGAUGAUCCAAGUGAAGAUGACACGGUUUCGGACAGCAUUAAAGUCUCAGCACAUUCUCACAGAAUGAGGGAACCUGGAAGUGACACUCGCAAAAGCAAACUGGACGCCAGUGAUGUCUACUCAGAAUUGUGCUGUGACCCAAACUGGAACAUCAACAAAAAGGGAGCUGUCAUCACCGAGAGUUUAAAGUGCUCUGUCCCGGAACGUCACCACUUUCCAAGGCAAACGUCUGGUCAAUCGCAGAAGCCAUUUAUAAGAGGAUAUAGAUACAUAGCGGACACAAGUGCAACACUUAUAAUGACUCCAAAUAUUGCGGGCAGUGAUUGUAAUCAGCCAUACCACCUACACCCCCAAGAUGACCAGGUUAGCUCAAUAACAACCCAACUCUGUCACAGCAAUGCUUUGUGUCAUAGCUCACCAAAAUCCAAUUCAUCUCGUAGUUGUAGUGCUAGCUCUACCCAUCGGCAGUCCAAAGACCAGCUACAAAAUAGCUGUGACAAUGUGGAUAAAAAUAGUAAAAGAUCUCUUGAGCCGACAGAGCACAUGGAGGAAAUGCAUGAGCACAUGGAGGAAAUGCAUGCUAUGUACUUGAAAGAAUAUCAGACCUACUACCAGAAGGAACUGCAACACAUACCUGGAGGAUCAUUACAAAUCUCACCCACAACAGCGAGUUCUCAGACUCCUGGAAAGAAAAAGCGACAUACACAAACAGAAGACCUUGUAGAACGUAAUAAAAUAACACUGGGCCGCAGCACAUCUGGUAAAGGAUCCUAUUUGAAUAUGCAUGCACUUCACCAGAAGAAGCGUCACAUUGUGAAAAAGGGCUUGCAACCGGCAACCAGUGUGGCACCUGAGCCGCAUGAAACCGCUGAUAAUGUAGCCAUUGCAGAGUGUCCAAAAGAGAGUUCAGAUCCAGAACAAUGGUUAACCCAACAAUUGAAGGUCACCCAUAUCACUGAAGGAAGUAAACAGGGGAAUAUUGAACCUUACUACAGCAGCAUGGAGAAAAGCCCUGAAUUGCAAAGGUGA